CACCCGAAGUUUAGUGUUGAGUCGCGCGGGUUCGCGGACGACGCGUGUUCGUCCCGCUCACGGACGUUUAUUAUCGUCUUACGAAACGUUUGGACUGAAUCCCAACCGGCCAAUAAAUACUAUAAAAAUUUAUUAAAUACCAUACAUCGAUUUUAUAAAUUAUAUUCUCGGAUAAAAAAUAUUAAACUAUAUUUUGUACCGAAGUUACGUGUUACAGUGUGUCUGAAAAGUUGAUUAGAGCAGUGCUUUCAGUGUCUGUACUACUCUGUUGUGUUGGAUGAAAGGGAAAGUAAGCUUCGCUAGUGUAAAGCUUUGUUUUGUUUUCGUGGGUUUCUCUGCUCCAAAGUAGAGAGCGAAUUAACAAAAUAAAAUCGCUUCGAUAUCUUGUGUAUACAAGAAUAUUAUAAGUGUUGAACAAACAGGCUUGCCACCCACGUACCCUGAUAACGCAGCAUCCGCAGAGAAAUUAAUCUGGCACACGGUAACAGGAAGCAUGCCGAUAACGUGGUGAUCGCUGUAGCCGCAGCUGCCACGGUGCCGCUCCAGCUCGCACGUUUUUCUAAUAUGCUAAGAUGACCACUUCCUUUGGCCAGCGAGUGACCUCGUAAAACUACGAAUUAAACCCGCAUCUUAGAUAUGUAGUUAGUUACCACACCGAAUGAUCAAUUGGAGUAAUAAUUCCAACAAAGAUUAACAACGAUAAAAUGGAGGCCAUUCAUACAAAGCCAAAUUACGUCUCAAAGAGGAAUGCACAAUUAUAUCUAGGAAAUAUAAGUAAAGAAAUAUCUAACGAUAUGUAUAAAUGUGAAAUAAGUACGACUGAAAUAGAUAAAUGUAGAUUACGAAAAGAAAGAUGCGAAUUACAAAACGAAUAUGAAAAUCGAUACCCUUUUUCGAAACGUGGAUUGCGUAAUGAAGAAAGUGAAUUUGGGAAUGAAUCGAUUAUCAAAAAGAGGGUAUGGGCCGUACAUGGUGAUGCAAGGCGGGCCAGGAAUUCUAAAUCGAAACUCGUGCACGGGUCGAGGCAUUGGACUGCGUCGUUUGGGAGGACAAUAAGUGGUCAAGUGCGCGUAACCGCCCUCUUGGGAUUGUUGUUGUUGUCGCUGGCGGCAAGCAGCGCGGCGCCGGCCCGCUCCCGUUCUGCCAGGAGUGCCUACCACUCCAAAUCUGUGAGAAGUUACCUGGAGAACUUCGGCUAUCUGAAGAAGGGGCAGCCUGAAAUGGCAAACUUGUUGCUGGGCGACGUCGCGCAGUCCUACGAAGAUGACUUCAGGAUUGCUAUCAAAACUUUGCAGGAAUUUGGAGGCAUUCCUGUGACGGGUGAAAUUGAUGAAGCCACUAGAGAGUUGAUCAAAAAGAAACGUUGUGGCCGACCAGACAGGGAAGAGGGUGAUAUCGAAGACGGUCGAAGGAAAAAGCGGUUCGCCGUGCAGGGAGAAAAAUGGAAGUACACAAACUUAACAUGGAGCCUGUCGUCGUCACGGCGGCCGUCGCAGCUGGACCCGCACGUGACGCGCAGCGUGCUGGCACGCGCGCUCGAUGUGUGGCAGCAGGCUUCGCGCCUCACCUUUACAGAAGUCAACUCCGACGACGCGGACAUCGUCGUUUCCUUUGCCAAGCGUUACCAUGAUGACGCGUACCCGUUCGACGGACGCGGCUCGAUCCUUGCGCACGCGUUUUUCCCCGGCUCGGGGCGCGGAGGCGACGCACAUUUCGAUGACGACGAGCUCUGGUUGCUGCAGCCCAAGAAUGAUGAUGAAGAAGGUACAUCGUUGUUCGCUGUUGCAGCCCACGAAUUCGGUCACUCCCUAGGCCUUAGCCACAGUUCCGUCAAAGGAGCUCUUAUGUUUCCUUGGUAUCAAGGUAUCCAACCUAAUUUCGUAUUGCCAGAAGAUGACCGCAACGGUAUACAACAAAUGUAUGGUUCCAAAGAAAAUGAAAGGAAAUGGGGGAAGAUACCUUACUACCGACCGAUAGAAACUCCUCCACCGACAACCACAACGACUACCACCACGACAACGACGACCACAAGAAGACCUUAUAUUCAUCAUCACCACAAUACACACCAGGGCCAUCACCCGAACCAUCGACCUUACACACCGUACCCGCGGAACCCGAAUUUAUAUCCAAAGUAUUAUCCCGAAAAACCAAGUAGCCCUGAGAGACCUACCUACCCAGAGAGACCUAGUUAUCCGGACAGACCCACCUAUCCGGAUAGACCAAGCUAUCCCGAUAGGACGAAUAUUCCGACAUACUAUCCCGAACGCCGUCACUACAACGCGACCGAGGAGCAUCCCCGCAGGAACCACAAUCACUAUCCGAGACCGACGGAAACAACGACACAGGCUACUACCUACCGCCCUCGCUACCCGCACAUCCGUCCUGAAUACCCAACAUACCCGCGAACGAACAGCCCUAGCGACCCUCGGUAUAAGCCUCACUACCCCGUGAAGACGACGACUAGGCCGCGCAUCACCCCGCCCCGUACCCCACCGCAUACAACGCCGCCUCCGGACAAGCCGGACGCCUGCAACACCAACUACGAUGCGGUUGCACUCAUACGCAAUGAACUCUUCAUAUUUAAAAAUAGAUAUCACUGGAGAAGAGGAGCCUCGGGUCACUAUCCGGACUAUCCCAUUGAGAUUACAAGGAUGUGGACUGAACUGCCGAGAAAUCUGACACAUGUGGAUGCCGUGUACGAAAGACCAGAUAGAAAAAUCGCUAUAUUCGUAGGUAAAGAGCUGUAUUUAUUCGACUCCCAAUACUUAGUUCCGGGAUAUCCUAAACGUUUGAGAGACCUCGGCUUGCCAGAAAGCUUGGAGAAAUUAGACGCAGCAAUGGUGUGGGGACAUAACGGCAAAACAUACUUCUACAGCGGCUCCGUCUAUUGGAAGUUUGAUGAAGAAGUAGGAAGAGUAGAGUUGGAUUACCCUCGUGACAUGGCCAUGUGGAAAGGCGUUGGAUACAACAUUGAUAGCGUGUUUCAAUGGAAAGACGGUAAAACAUACUUCUUCAAAGGUAGAGGUUAUUGGAAAUUCAACGACCUGCGUAUGCGAGUCGAGCACGAGAGGCAAUUACCUUCGGCGCCAUUUUGGAUGGGAUGCCCCACCGAGCGGGCUGGCAGACGGGAGCCCUUCAGAUCUCUACCCGCACCAGGGUCCACGUUACGUUCGCCCAGCUCUGCUGCCAUAUCCACACACAAUAAAACAUUCUUAAAUUGCAUUUUUAUUGCAGUAGCGACGAUCAUACGGUAUUUUUAAAAAUUAUUAAGUCUUACAUCUAACGACAGAUUCUCCUAUAUAUA